AUGUCCAGUGAAACACUGGAAUUCACCGGAUGCAACUUCUUCCGGCUCAGACUGGCGUACUCAAUUCUCAGUGGACGACCCAUUCGCAUUGUUGACAUCAGAAAAAGCGAUGAUCGGCCUGGAAUUCGAGGUUUUUUGUGCCUUUAGUAUUAGGCCUAAAAACGAAUAUUUACAGACUUCGAAGCUAAACUGAUUGGUCUUUUAGAAAAGGUCACAAACGGCACAAAGGUUGAGAUCAGUCGAACAGGUACACAAGUCAUUUUCCGACCGGGAAUGAUCACUGGGGGAGUCGUGAACGUGGAUUGCGGCAUUAACAGAUGCAUUUCAUACUUCCUCGAACCUCUCAUUCUUCUUUCUCCAUUCUGUAAACUUGCAAUGACGAUCAAAUUAAAAGGUACACACCAGUCAAAUCCAUCUUUCUUCAUAAGCAUUUCAGGAGUUACAAACUCUCCUGGCGAGAUCUCCGUUGACGGAAUCAAAGCUGGUUGGCUCAAAGUGUACAAUAAGUUCGUUUUGAAUGACGAAAAGCUUGAUAUCAAGAUUCAAGCGAGAGGACUGAAGCCGGACGGCGGUGGUGUAGUUGUGUUCACCGCUCCGAUUGUCAAAACACUGCGACCAGUCAAGGUAGGCGAAUAGUUAGCGGAGAGUGCAAUAAACACCGUUUUCAGCGUCAACAAGCUGGAAAGGUCUGCAAGAUCCGUGGACAGGCAUAUGUGACCAAAGUAACGCCUUCACUUGCUUAUCGAAUGAUUGAUUCUGCGAAGAAAGCGAUGCACGGUUACAUAUCGGACGUCUUCAUCGCAGUCGAUCAAAGGAAAGGAGAUGCGGGAGGAGUGUCGCCUGGAUACGGACUGUUCUUGACCGCAGAAACAACCGAAGGAGUCAUCUAUCAAGCGGAAGCCCUCUCAAGACCGAAGGGAGAGGUAGGAGUUCCGAUUCUUCCAGAAGACAUUGGAACCGAAGCUGGACAUGCCCUUCUCCAGCAGAUUUACAUGGGAGGAGCGCUGGACAGCAGUGCCCAAGUGCUCGCGAGCACGUUCAUGACUCUGUGCCCUAAGGACGUCUCCCACUUCUUGUACGGUCCACUCCCAGUCUACAGUGUGCACGUCUUCCGUCAUCUCAAGCAGUUCUUCGAGAUUGAGUUCAAAAUGGAAGACUGGCGCAAUGUUGUGAAAGAGGAGGAAGCGGACAUGCGGAUCGGGAGCGCCGACAAGGUCAUGAUUACAGCCGUCGGAGUGGGCUACAGUAAUCUGAACAAAACCAUUCUUUAGACACUUCUCAAUCGCUUUCUUGUUUUGUUUCUGUUACUUUUUUAUUGUUAUCGUUAUCGUUUUUUUGUUUUUCUUCAGGAAUGAACCUGAAUCUCAAAUUUUUUGAAUUUUUAUCAGAAACGUUUGUAUCCUCACACAAUGUUACCUAUUUUUCGUAAACCGAUUGUGCUAAAUAUUUCAUUCCAGAUGAAACUUUCGCUGUCACUCACAGAGCGCAUGAAGAGAAGCCAGAAAAAAGCAAUGGAAUUCGACUUUGCGACAGUAAGUGGGGAGAAGUUUUCAAAAACUGUAUUAUAUUAUUUCAGUUGGAUGGCGACUUAUGCAAAACGGAGAUCGUGGAGCCAGAAUCGGUGAGCGCCGCGACCCCGUCUGCGGUGUCUCUUCCGUCUAUUACUACCGUACUUCCAUCGGACACCCAUUCAAUUCUUCCAUCGGUUGCACCACCCGUCGCUCCGUCGAAUAAGAAGCAGACUCGCUUGGAGGACUUCUUCAACAGAGGCACGGCUUCAUCGAGUCGAUCUCCUCAUCACGGUAGACACCGCCACCACAACACUCCGAACAAGCAUAUCACUGCGGAGAGAGAGCGCCGAAACACGCGGACGCGUUCGACGAAACCCAAAAAAGCGGAUAAGGUGCCGUCGGGAAGAUCAAAACAAAAGAAGUUCAUGAAAGUCCUUCAUGAGAUCAUUUUGGAAAAGUUGAAGACAGAGAAUGCGAUUCCAAAGAUCGCGUUCCGAAGAGUCGUCCAGCAAAUAAUGGAGACCAACUUUGUAAGUCUCCUAUUUUUUUUGUGCACAACGCUUUUUUCCUUCGUCUGUCGGCUUUCGCACUCUCUCUUUUCAGCCGGAAUACCAAAUCCAGCAAGGCGCUCUCGACGCUCUCCAACUGGAGACGGAGAUGAUGGGAACGAAAAUGUUCAAAUUGAGCGGAAUACUCGCGACGCACGCCAAGAGACAGACUCUCAAAAGGGACGACAUUGUUCUCUUGAAAGAUAUUUUCGAAGUGAACAGAGACGGAUGUCGCUUUGCCAGUUAAUCACUCAUAUUCAUUUCAUAUCACUUCACAUUUACAACCAUUUAUCGACUUCUCACCCAUCACAUCACAUAAUCAGUUUUGAACUUUCACAUUCAUUUUAAACCGGUUUCCAAUAUGAUCUGUUUGCAUUCAAAGUUACGGUUCCCCUGUGUGUAAUUAAUAAACCUAAACGUCUAGAUCGAGUUCUCAAGUUGCAUGUGUGGUUGUUUUCCACUUUAUACGUAUUCAAUCCGUUCAUGAAAUACAUCCAACUUAUUUCCAGAUCUGAGAAUGAGCAGUCUGAUGGACGCGGAAGUCUGGGACUUCUUCUGCAAACGGCUUCCACUAUCAGAAGAGGGGAUUCAAGAGGAAAAAGAUGCUGACUCGGAAUUGGAAUGGAUCAUUCAGGUAUUCAUGUCCUAUAAUCCAAUUCUCACAUUUUAUUUCAGACCGAGCAAAUGCAAUUGAAUCUGAUCAGUGCGACCGUCUCUAGGUUGGAAGACACUGAAGUACUCGUGAAAAUUCCCCUGAUGACCAACAUUUUCGAGUUGACCCUCCGGAAAUCUGACGAUUUUCCGAAUUCACCGCCGGCUCUCCGAGCGGAAUACGUCGAUGGAUUCGAUUCAUUCGCUUGGAAUAAAAACUCGUCGCUCCUUGAGCUGACAGAGAAGUUCAUUGAUUUCUGUCGAUCAGUCGACGAGGCAAUUCUGGAAAUCAAAGAUGCGGGCACGGAUGGGUUCGAAGUGACUGAAAUGGGCAUCGAUGAGGACGAAAGCACGCAUCUGAUGGUGCGGAUAAAGCGAACCGAUACGAGGAAUUUCUGCAAAUGUCAAUUGAUAUUGAAGAUUUUCGAAGCUUUCCGCGCAUUCUCAGGUGUUCGAAUCCAUCGAGAACGGCCAGUUUUGAUUGUGAAAAGUGGAUUAGUGACGACAAGUUGGUGACGAAUUUGCGGAGGUUAUUCGGAGAACUCAAGGACGAGACGGCGAUUCAGAUGGAGCAGACUGUCGUUAUAGCUCAGAAGGAUUCAUUUGAUGAUGAAAUGAUGGAUUUUAUUUGAAAAAAAAAGAUAUUUAAAGAAUCACUUUUCCUCGUUCAUUCCUCCGUUUUCUGGUUUCACCGCCAUCUAAAUUUCUUCUCUACAAUUCCUUUUUUCCUCAUUUGAAUGUUAUUCAGAAGAUGUCGUACACAGUCGGACCCGUACCGAAAAAUGAUCUCGAGAAGAAAGAAAUACACUCGAUUCCGUGCCGUCUCCAGUACACAGGACCCGCAGAAGUUUCCGGAAACUUCAUACGAGAGCAAGUGGAAGGAGAAAAGUGCGAGCGAGGAAUGUUCAGAGGGCGAGGACUAGAAGGAGCCGAUUGGAAGGCUCCCGAGGGAUACACAAUCACAGUUCUCAAAGAGAGAAAAGGACCGAAAGGAGUGAUGUUGGACAUAGAGAGCCGUCCAGAGAGCAUCAAAGUCUGGCAGUGGGACCGCACGUGCGGUGAGGACAAUGCGGACCGAACGGCGAUCGGCCGCGCGUCUGCGUAUCUCCGUAUUGCACAGUCCCUCGUCGACGACUAA